AUGGCGUUCUUUGACACCAACCCGCUCGGGCGCAUCCUCAAUCGGUUCACCAAGGACCAGUCGAUUCUGGACAACGAGCUCUCGUUUACGCUCUACCAGUCGCUGCAGUGGGGCGUUUAUUCACUCUUCGCCAGCAUUCUCAUUUGCUUUGUGCUCCCGUUCUUCAUUCCGUUCCUCAUCGUCUUUGGCUACAUCUUUUACCGCAUCCAGGUCUUCUACCGCAAGACCUCGCGCGAAGUCAAGCGGCUGGAGAACACAUGCCGAUCGCCGCUGUUCUCGCAUGUGGCGUCGACCUUGACGGGCAUCUCGACGGUGCGUGCUUACGCGGCCGAGGCACGUUUCUCGGCCAACCACACGGUCAACGUCGACACCCAUCAGCGCGCGCUCUUUGCCUCGCUCAUGGCGCAGCGAUGGGUUGGCUUCCGGCUCGAUCUCAUUGCGACGGCCAUCACGUUCCUGGCAGCGCUCUUUGCGGUUCUCUCGCGCUCGUGGGUCUCGCCCUCCUUUGCCGGCCUUGCUAUUGUGUACGCCAUGCAGCUCUCGGGCAUGUUCCAGUGGUUUGCGCGAGUGACGGCUGAGGCCGAGGCCAACAUGACGUCUGUGGAGCGGCUGGCACACUAUUCGUCGGCCAUCGCCGUCGAGGCGCCUGCGGUGAUUGAGGCGACCCGGCCGGAUCCGUCGUGGCCGCCGUCGGGAACCGUUGUCUUUUCGGACGUCCGCAUGUCGUACCGGCCAGACCUUCCACUCGUUCUCCGCGGCGUUUCGGUUGUCAUCGAGGGCGGCGAGUCGGUCGGAAUUGUGGGCCGGACCGGGGCUGGCAAGUCCUCGCUCGCAGUUGCGCUCUACCGGCUGGUGGAGCUGACCGGCGGCUCGAUCGUCAUCGACGACGUCGACAUCUCCGCCAUCGGCCUGGAUCAGCUCCGGUCGAAGCUCUCGAUCAUUCCGCAGGAUCCGAUCCUGUUCCAGGGCACGGUGCGGUCGAAUCUGGACCCGUUCGACGAGCACACCGACGAUGCGCUGUGGAACGCGCUGCGGCGGGCGCACGUCGCCGACGCCAUCCGCGGCCUCGAGCUCUCGCUCAGCGCGCCUGUCGAUCCCAACGGCGCCAACUUCUCGGUCGGCCAGCGGCAGCUGCUGUGCAUGGCGCGCGCGCUGCUGCGGUCGUCCAAGAUCCUAAUCAUGGACGAGGCGACGGCAACCGUCGACGUCGAGACUGACGCGCUCAUCCAGGAAACCAUCCGGUCCGAGUUCCGCGGCUGCACGGUGCUGGUCAUUGCGCAUCGGCUGGAGACCAUCAUCGACGCCGACAAGAUCAUGGUCCUUGACCAGGGUCGUGUGGCGCAGUACGACUCACCUCAUGCCCUGCUCACCUCGGACGAAGGCCUCUUCUCAUGGCUCGUCAACCAGACCGGUGAAGCCAAUGCCGCCCACCUCCGGCGCAAGGCAUCUGCUGCUUUCCGGGGCAAGGCUCUCGCCCGGCCGUCGGCAUCCGACUCGUCGGCUCCUCCAUCCACCUCGGCCUCGGCCUCGGUCUCCAAGUCCAAGUCCAAGUCCAAGUCCAAGUCCAAGUCCAAGUCCAAGUCCCAGUCCAAGUCGAAGGACAAGUCCAAGUCCAAGUCCAGGAAAAAGUCCACGUCUGAGGUCAAUGCCAAGUCCAAGACAAAGGUGAGGAAGACCAAGCGGAUUCGGCGUUCGCAGCUCUAG